CUGCCCCCCACGGCGAGUGUGUGCAAGAGGUCUGGUCCCCAAGCUUUAAAAUCCAGGGCGAAGGCACUGUGUGCGGACCUCUCCUCUCCCCCAGUGGUGGCUGGUCUUUCGAAAGCCAGUUGCCUCCUCCCUGUCCAGCCUGGCUGUGGUCCUGGGACCAGUUGGGAAGAGUGUGACUCCCGGCUGCAGCCCAAGGCGUUCUGCGCUCCGAGUCCCGCAGCUAUCGAGAGCGUCGUCUCUGGGCUUCUCCUCCUCGCUGACCCCUAGUGCCCCCGCGUCCGACACUCCCUUCAUCCGAAGCAGGCGACAGACACCCUUUUUGGGGGGGUCCUCCUCCGAGAAGCGAGACCAUGCUGCUGAGGGGUAUCUUGCUGAUGGUGCAAGCCCUGCAGCUUGCUGGUGCCCUGGACCUGCCCACUGGGUCUUGUGCCUUUGAAGAGAGCACUUGCAGUUUUGACUCCGUGUUUGCGUUUCUGCCGUGGAUUUUAAAUGAGGAAGGUCACUACGUUUAUGUGGACACCUCUUUUGCCAAGCAGGGGGAGAAAGCUGUGUUGAUAAGUUCUGACUUGCAGGCAGAAGAGUGGAGCUGCCUACGCCUGGUCUACCAGAUAACCACACCUUUGGGGUCCACCUGGGAUCCCAGUCAGCUGAACCUCUAUGUGAGAUUCGAGAAUGAAAACUUUGAUCGCUUGCUUUGGUCAGCCAAGGAGCCUUCAGAUAGCUGGCUCAUAGCCAGCCUGGAUUUACAAAACAGUUCUAAGAAGUUCAAGAUUUUAAUAGAAGGCAUCCUAGGCCAGGGAAACACAGCCAGCAUUGCCCUCUUUGAAAUCAAGAUGACAACCGGCUACUGUAUUGAAUGUGACUUUGAAGAAAAUCAUCUCUGUGGCUUUGUGAACCGCUGGAAUCCCAACGUGAAUUGGUUUGUUGGAGGAGGAACUACCCGGAACACCCACUCUCUCCUCCCACAGGAUCACACCUUCAAGAAUGAGCUGGGCCACUAUAUGUAUGUGGAUUCAGUUUAUGUCAAGCACUUCCAGGAGGUGGCACAGCUCAUCUCACCAAUGACCACAGCCCCCAUGUCUGGCUGUUUGUCAUUCUACUACCAGCUCCAGCAGGGGAAUGACAAUGUCUUCUCUCUUUACACUCGGGAUGUGGCUGGCCUGUAUGAGGAGAUCUGGAAAGUGGACACUCCGGGCAGUGGUGCCUGGCACCUUGCAGAGGUCGAGUUCAGCGCUCCUUACCCCAUGGAGGUUAUUUUUGAAGUUGCUUUCAAUGGGCCCAAAGGAGGAUAUGUUGCCCUGGAUGAUAUUUCCUUCUCACCUGUUCACUGCCAAAAUCAGACAGGGCUUCCUUUCAGUGCUGGGGAAGCAAGCUGCAAUUUUGAGGAAGAUCUCUGCAACUUUUACCAAGAUAAAGAAGGUCGAGGUUGGACCCGAGUGAAAGUAAGACCGAACGUGUACAGGGCUGGAGACCACACGACAGGCGCAGGGUAUUUCUUGCUAGCCAACACUAAGUUUACAUCUCAGCCCGGCUACAUUGGAAGGCUCUAUGGUCCCUCCCUACCAGGAAACUUACAGUACUGUCUGCGUUUCCAUUAUGCCAUCUAUGGGUUUUUGAGAAUGAGUGACACCCUAGCAGUGUAUAUAUAUGAAGAAAACCACGUGGUUCAAGAAAAGGUCUGGUCUGUGCUCGAGUCCCCAAGGGGUGUUUGGAUGCAAGCUGAAAUCACCUUUAAGAAGCCCAUGCCUACCAAGGUUGUUUUCAUGAGUCUAUGCAAAAGUUUUUGGGAUUGUGGGAUGAUAGCCCUGGAUGAUAUCACAAUACAAUUGGGAAGCUGCCGGUCUCCAGACAGACUUCCACCUCCACCUGGAGAGUGUACUUUCGACCAAGAUGAAUGUGCGUUUACACAGGAGAAGAGGAACCGGAGCAGCUGGCACAGGGGGAGAGGAGAAACUCCCACCUCCUACACAGGACCCAAGGCAGAUCACACUACUGGGGUAGGCUACUAUAUGUACAUUGAAGCCUCCCACAUGGUAUAUGGGCAAAAGGCACGCCUCUUGUCCCAGCCUCUGCGAGGUGUCCCCGGGAAGCACUGCUUGACCUUUUUCUACCACAUGUACGGAGCUGGAACUGGCCUGCUGAGUGUGUAUUUGAAAAGGGAAGAAGACAAUGAAGAGUCCCUGUUAUGGAGAAGAAGAGGGGAGCAGAGCAUCUCCUGGCUUCGAGCUCUAAUUGAAUACAGCUGCACACGGCAACACCGGAUAAUUUUUGAAGCCAUUCGGGGAGUAUCAGUAAGAAGCGAUAUUGCCAUUGAUGAUGUUAAAUUUCAGGCUGGACCAUGUGCAGAAAUGGAAGAUACAACUCAACAUUCAUCGGGCUAUUCUGACGAGUUAAAUGAAAUUGAGUAUUAAGAACUGUUCUGAACUACACAUACCUCUCUUCAAUCAAAAUGGAAACAAAACAAAUGGAUGCCAGAUCAUUGUAUCCAUUUCAUAAGUUGAAAUGACUUCAGAGUACCCCUUUUCAUUACUUUUGCAAAACAAAAAAAUACUGACUCAGGGCUUUGUUUUUUCUGCUCACUUGACAACUGUCACUAGAAGUGCAGGCUGCUGGUUCUACAUAGAUCCCUCAUCUUAAUUUUGGUGCCAGGAAAAAGUACAGAUGUACUCUAUGGUAGGUAUAUUAAAGCACACAAACAAAGGGCACAGUGAAGUGAUUGUGCUCGCUUCCAUAUGCACUUAGUGAAUGUACUGGGAGAACAGGGGUUUGGGUUUCCUUCAGAGUUUAAGCGUGACAAUUUUUUUUUUUUAAGUAAAUGACAUGGAGAGUCAAUAAUAUCUGCAAACUGAAUGCAGUUUUCAUGGUAACAAGUUAUUCUGGAGAACAAAGUCUUAUUUUUUAUGUUUUUUUCAUCGAAAAGGACUAUUAUUUUUACUGUUUCAUCAUAUAUGGUAACAAAGGAGUUUUCCUGAAGUCCCAGAGCCCAUCCGUGUUCAUUGAUGCUGUGUUAAAAGGCAAUGCUACUUCUUUUCUCUCCCUUUGAACUACCUAAGAAAGUCACCAUGAACACAGGAACAGAAAUUGCACUUUUUAAUAAAGCAUUUUAAUAAAAUGUUUAUGCAUACAACCUAAUAAUUUUUAUAAACAUGAUUAACAGUUUGACUGACUUUUAUAAUAAAUGUUUUGGUAAGGUUUUGAGUAA